AUUCAACCAAUGAGCAGAGAGAUAAACUGGAUUUUGGGGGCGGGGUUUAUGAUGUUUACGUAACGCUGCUAGUCAAUUUGGCCCAUAAAACAAAGUCAAAGAAGUAAGAGAUUUUUCUAUUAAACAAUCCUAAGAAUUUAUCAAAUAAAUAAAUAAAUGAAACGAAAUUUACGUUAUUUUGGAUUAGAUACGUUAUUGUUGUCAGCCUGGGGAACAGCUGCACCACUUAACACGACCACUAGGAGGCAGCUUUUCCUAGACACGAGACACGGGACGCCGCCACCAGUCUCCUCUCUCCGUCUCCUCCCCAUCACCACCCUGCCCUCUUUUGGAUGCUCCUCGCUAUGCACCUGUGUUAUUUUGAUACUACAAGUGACAAAAUACUUAAGCCAAACAUGUCUCAUUAGCGUAAUAAGGGUAAACUGUUCCAGCCGAGGAUUCAUUCAGUGCUUCGGCUGAUCUUCAACCGAUGUCGGUCAGCUGACGGUGUGGUGAAUGGUCGCAGGGCAGCAGUGAGACAGCAUCUUUUUGCCGCCAGUGACACAUCAUUAUCUGUAAGAGCGCACAAGUGACCGUAUUUCUGGGCCCAGUUGAAAACCAUGGCGGACAAGAGCGACCUCAAAGCAGAGCUGGAGCGCAAAAAGCAGCGCCUAGCCCAGAUCAGAGAGGAGAAGAAGAGGAAAGAGGAGGAGAGGAAGAAGAAAGAGGCCGCAGCACAGCUUCGGUCAGAGAACCAGCAGAAGGCGGAGGCGGCGCCACAGGACUCGGACCUGGACCGAAAGCGCCGGGAGACGGAGGCCCUGCUUCAGAGCAUCGGCAUCUCCCCGGAGCCCCCACUAGUCCAUCCGCUGCAGCCUUUAAUGCUGGAUACAUGUUAUUUUCAUUAUUUAGUCCCGACCCCCGUGUCCCCCUCCAAAUCAGUGAGCACGCCCAGCGAGGCCGGGAGCCAGGACUCUGCUGAAGGCGGGCCGGCCGGCAGAUAUAGGUCAGGGUUGUCUAGAAACAAGUCACAAGCGCUGAGCGACAGGACACUGCAGUGGGACACAGACCCCUCUGUGCUGCAGCUGCAGUCAGACUCUGAACUUGGGCGUCGGAUGCAGCGGCUGGGGCCAUCAAAGAUCGUCCAGGUGGACUUCCUCCCCAAAGAGUUGGUAUCCUACUGCAAGGAGACCCAGACCCCCCUCACCGCUCACCUCUCCGAAGUAGAGGAGGAAGAGGAGGACGAGGAGUUGGCCGAGGUGAAGCCGGGGCCCGAGACGGAGCAGCUGGAUGAGGACGACGCCAAGGAACCAAACGAUGCCGGGCCCCCCCACCGGGAGCUGACGGAGGAGGAGCGCCAGCAGAUCCUGCACUCGUCGGACUUCCAGAGCUUCUUCGACUGCAGCGUGCGCGUGAUGGAGCGCGCCCUGGCCGAGGACGACGACAUCUUCUUCGACUACGGCGGCCGCGACCUGGACGACAAGGAGGGGGAGCUGGCGGGCGGCUCCAGUCUGUCUCUCAGCAGGCUGUUCUAUGACGAGCACUGGUCCAAACACAGAGUCAUCACCUGCCUCGACUGGUCUCCCCAGUACCCAGAGCUCCUGGUAGCCUCCUAUAACAACAACGAAGACGCCCCCCAUGAGCCGGACGGUGUGGCUCUGGUGUGGAACAUCAAGUUCAAGAAGGCCACGCCGGAAUACAUCUUCCACUGUCAGUCUCCGGUGGUGUCGGUGGGCUUCGCCAGGUUCCACCCCAACCUGCUGGUGGGGGGCACGUACUCGGGACAGAUCAUCCUGUGGGACAACCGGAGCCACCGUCGCACUCCCGUCCAGAGGUCGCCCCUGUCCGCCGCGGCUCACACACACCCAGUGUACUGCGUGAACGUGGUGGGCACCCAGAAUGCCAACAACCUGAUCACGGUGUCCACAGACGGCCGGAUGUGUUCCUGGAGUCUGGACAUGCUCUCCCAGCCGCAGGAGAGCAUGGAGCUGGUGUACAACAAGUCCAAGCCCGUGGCGGUAACGGCGAUGGACUUCCCCACCGGGGACGUCAACAACUACGUGGUGGGCAGCGAGGAGGGCACCGUGUACACCGCCUCCAGACACGGCAGCAAGGCAGGUAUCUGUGAGAUGUUCGAGGGCCACCAGGGGCCGGUGACGGGCAUCAGCUGCCACAACGCCGUGGGCCCCGUGGACUUCUCCCACCUCUUCGCCACGUCCUCCUUCGACUGGACCGUCAAGCUGUGGAGCACCAAGGUACGCUCCGACCACAACAAGCCUCUGUACUCGUUCGAGGACAACGCCGACUACGUCUAUGAUGUCAUGUGGUCCCCGGUGCACCCUGCGGUGUUCGCCGCCGUGGACGGGAUGGGCCGCCUGGACCUCUGGAACCUCAACAACGACACCGAGGUGCCCACCGCGAGUGUCACCGUGGAGGGGGCGUCGGCCCUCAACAGGGUCCGCUGGUCGUCAGGGGGGAAGGAGGUCGCUGUGGGCGACUCGGAGGGACGCGUCUGGAUCUACGACGCCGGAGAGCUGUCGGUCGCCCAUAGCGACGACUGGGCUCGCUUCGCCCGCACCCUGAUGGAGAUCAGAGCGAACCGGGCGGACUGCGAGGAGGAGGGCCCCCCGGAGCUGGCCUCAUAGGGGGAGGAGUCGGGGGGGGGGGGGGGGGUCUCUGGUUGGUGUUUAACCUCUGUGGUUUUGUUUUCCCCUGGCUCCGCCGGCUUGACGCACUGUUAGACUGUUCCGGUCCGCACACGAGGACUCCUUUUAUUUCCUGGGUGAUUUGAGGUAGCAAUUCAGGAACCGCAAAACUAUCGUUUUAACGUAACGUACUGAGAAGGUUGUGCCGAUGAGUUGUCCAGCGUGCACUAUUUAUUGUGAGGCACAGCGUGCUGACGUGCCUGUGUCAACCCUCUCCUAUUUAUUUCCAGUUACCAACAGUGUUUGUGGUAAAUCAGCAAAAUACAACAACAACAAAAAAAAUCUCUUAUAGCCUUAUAAACCUAAGUGUAUUGUACGACAAUGCUUUGCACAACUGUAAAUGUCAACAAAAACAACAAUCACAGCAAAACGUGAGUGAGUGAAUAUUAAACUGUUGAAUAUUGUUUACAGAGAAGAAGAUAUUAGUUUGUUAGUGUUUGGUCUCUGUGUACGGCGGCUGCAUGGAGGGCAGAGUGUGUGGGAUCCUGAUCAGUGAUAAGUGGUCUCGGGGGGCCUGUUUGUUGACUACUGGCUCUCUUUAAUAAAGGACCGUGUAGUGUCUGAGUCCUGUUCCACACAGCCAGAGCUCUCAGCGACCCGAGCGGUACGUUACCCUGUCUCCUCGGUGUCGGUGAAUAAACAAGGUGUACUGUACAUGUACUUUCUGUUUGUCAUUAAAGCUUUGCAUAAGAACAAC